CACACACAACCGCGUACACACGCUCCUCAGGUUCACACGCGCGCACGUACACACGCUUUCCUCAGCUUCACACAGGCACACACACUCCUCCGCUUCUCUCUCACACACAGCUUCACACACACUUCUCAGCUUCUCGGGAACUCCAAACGCCCUUUGGUUUAGUCCCAAAUGCACCUGCGUGGAACCAACCCACCCUCUGAGGAAUCUGGGUAGCUCGCCACAGAGAGACCAAGUUUCCACACUGGGAACCUGGACUCUCAGGGUAGAGACCCUCCCAUGCCCCCUGAGGCCCCAAACACCCUCAGUGCUGACUACCUGCCACUCCUUCCAAGAUCUUAAAUUUGGUCCUCCAGCACGACUCUUAAGACCUUCAAAUGACAAACCUCAAAUCUUCUUGACAUAAGCAUGCCAAAUCUCCUCAGGGUGAAAGUCCCCAAACCUUGUCUUGAAGACCCCCAAAUGCUCACAUCCUGAGAGACUCCUACAAAUCCCAAUUCCCACAACCUGACGAACCCCAGUCCUUAACCUGCGGUACCCUAAAUUAAAAAUCUCAGCCAGAGGGUCCUCAAAUCUUCAUUGGAGGGACUUCAGUCCCUUGUCUCCAGGAUCCCUGAAUCCACUGACAUGAAAACAUCCCUCCAAGACCCAGCAUGGUCAGUCAGAGGCCCAAGUGCUCUGCCCUCACUCCUUGGUCCAGAUGAAGAGCAAGUGGCAGGAGCCGGGCUAGAACCCCAUUCGGUGGCAGUGGAGGGGAAUCCUCCACUUGCUAACGCUGGCCCUAACCUAGGUUUAGGGCUCAGUCGAGAAUCACUGCACCUUUACUAGCGUACUAGACCACAGAGGCUGAAAAAACAACCAGCCAACCAAAACAACAACCAGAUUCCCAGCCUCCAGCUCCUUCCCCUGUGCUGGUGGGCCUCCUGCUCACUUAUGAGCUUUCGUUACUUCUCCAUCCAUAGGACCAUAGGAUCCUGGACCUCCCCCAGGGAAAUGUCCUGCACCAGGAAUACCAACAAGCAAGAAGGGAAUAGUCCCGCGGGAGAUGCAGAGAGGCUCGAGUGGAAGCCCAAGGUCAAAGAUGAGUUCAAAGAUAUUUCCAUAUACUUCUCCAAAGAAGAAUGGGCAGAGAUGGGAGAGUGGGAGAAAAUUCGCUAUAGGAAUGUGAAAAGGAACUAUAAAAUGCUGAUUUCUAUAGGUCUCAAAGCACCCAGACCAGCUUUCAUGUGUUACCAAAGGCAAGCAUUCAAGCCCCAGAUGGAUGACAGUGAGGAUUCUGAUGAAGAAUGGACGCCUAAGCAGCAAGGUAGUCCUCCUUGGGUGCCUUUCCGAGUGAAGCACACUAAAAAACAGAAGGAAACACAGAGAAUACCAUUAAAUAAAGAAUCUAAUGUGAAGGAGGUGUCUGGAUCUGAAAAUUUGCUGAGUACAAGUGGCUCAGAACAUGUCCAGAAAACAGUUUUCUCUCCUGGAGAAGGAAAUGCUUCUGGACAGCACACUGGACAAAAACCAAAACUAAGGAGAAAGAAUGUUGAAGUGAAGAUGUACAGUCUUCGAGAGAGAAAAGACCUCGCAUAUGAAGAGGUCAAUGAGCCACAGGAUGAUGACUACCUCUAUUGUGAGAAGUGCCAGAAUUUCUUCAUCAACAGUUGUCCCAGCCAUGGGCCUCCUAUAUUUGUAAAAGACAGCAUGGUGGACAGGGGGCAUCCCAACUGCUCUGUCCUCAGUCUGCCCCCUGGUCUGAGAAUUGGUCCAUCAGGCAUCCCUGAGGCUGGACUUGGAGUAUGGAAUGAAGCAUCAGACCUGCCUGUGGGUCUGCACUUUGGUCCCUAUAAAGGCCAGAUCACAGAUGAUGAAGAGGCAGCCAACAGUGGCUACUCCUGGCUGAUCACCAAGGGGAGAAACUGCUACGAGUAUGUGGAUGGGCAGGAGGAGUCCCAAGCCAACUGGAUGAGGUAUGUGAACUGCGCCCGGGAUGAUGAGGAGCAGAACCUGGUGGCCUUUCAGUAUCACAGACAGAUCUUCUAUCGAACCUGCCGGGUCAUCAAUCCCGGUUGUGAGCUUCUGGUCUGGUAUGGGGAUGAGUAUGGCCAGGAACUGGGCAUUCAGUGGGGAAGGAAGAACAAGAAAGGAUUCGCCACAGGACGAGAAUUAAGGACAGAGAUUCAUCCUUGUCUUUUGUGCUCUUUGGCCUUCUCAAGUCCGAAAUUCCUCAGUCAACAUGUGCAAUGGAAUCAUCGUACUCAAAUCUUCCCAGGAGCAUCUUCAACAAUAAACUCCAAACCAGGAGAUCCCCAUCCAGAUCAGCUUCAGGAACAGCAACAUUUCAAUUCACACAACAAAAAUGACAAGGCCAGAAGUCUAGAGGUCAAAGGAAAGUCCAAACCCAUGCAUAAAUGGACAAGACAAAUUUCAACAGCCUUUCCCAGCACACUCAAAGGACACAUGAGAUCUGAGGAAAAUAAGAAAACUAUGGAAGUGCUCAGAACCGGCCAGAAAACAAAUACAGAGGACACAAUCAAAUCGUUUAUUGGGUCAGAAAUCUCAAGAAUAGAAAGAAAAUGUGGGCAAUAUUUCAGUGACAAGUCAAAUGUCAAUGAGCACCAGAGGACACACACAGGGGAGAAGCCCUAUGUUUGCAGGGAGUGUGGGCGGGGCUUUACACAGAAGUCACACCUCAUCAGGCACCAGAGGACACACACAGGGGAGAAGCCCUAUGUUUGCAGGGAGUGUGGGCGGGGCUUUACACAGAAGUCAAACCUAAUCAGGCACCAGAGGACACACACAGGGGAAAGGCCCUGUGUGUGUCUUUUCAAGAAGGAUAAGAAAGCCAGUGUCAAUAAAACCACACCUCAACAAUCACAGAAAGACAAAUGUAGCCUCUAAAUAUCUUCCCAUUUAUUUUACUAAAACUUCUGACAAGUCCACUGAUUUUCUAAAUUCGAGUAUAAAAUCAUCAGAAAAUCCCCA